AUGGUUUCUAAGCAUGUUUUAGUAUAAUUAAAUAAAAUAAAUCUUAACAGCGCUUAUAUUACAACAAUCAUUUAUUACAUUGGAAACUACUUAAUAGGAGUAUUUUGGGCAGAAUUAUUUAUGGAUAGCGAAAGAAUAAAGUUAAAUUCAUAUUUGUUUCUUUCUCUCCCUAUUGUAAAUGGCCUAUUAUUCAUAAUACUUUUUGGAAUUAGAUAUUUUAAUUUAUCUCUUCGAACUCAAUUUGAAAGUAUUUUCGAUUCUGAAUCAAGUGGAUUAGCUAUUAUUGAUUUAACCGUUAAGAAGUUGUAUGAUGAGACAUUGUAAAAAAAAAAUGAAUUAAAAAGACAGCUCUCUCACUAAAUUGAACAAUAAAAGCAAAGUGAUGAAGAAAUUAAUUCAAUAUUUUUAAAAUCACCAGCUAACAAAAAUUAAAAAGAAGUUGAGGUAGGAACACCUAAAAAUAGAGGAUCACAGACAUAAAUGUUAACUUUCAAUUAGAAUAACAGUCAAUUUGUAGAUCCUAUGGCACUUGAUGAAAAACCUAUUUAAAUUUAAGCUUAAGGUCUUAGUUUUCCAAAUGAAAGAAAUGAAGAUAGAAAUUUGGUUUAAUUUCAAAGACAGUCUUCUUAAACAUAAAUUCCAGCAAAUAUAAAUUAAAAUAAUGAAGUUAAUGCUAAAAAUUUGUCUUAAGUAGUGAAUUUAUCUGAAAGCAUUUAAUAGUAACCAGCAAAAAGAGGGAAUGUAGAAUAGGUAUUAAGAAAAUAAACUAAAUCAUUUACAUAUAGAUUCCUUUAAUCUAUUAUACAUACAGAUGAUAAAUAAUUAUGUAUGGGCUAUCCUGCCUUAAUUGGAAUCAUUAAAUUAGUUCCAGUAACAAUAAAUUCAAUUAUGAAGUUAAGGUACCAAUGGUAAAUAUAGUUCCUCUCUUUAUUCUUUGCAAGUCUUCCUUAUCGAGGCCUCUACCUAGAAUUUAAUUAGUAUAAAUUAGGAUUAGGAAUAGUUGCUAUAAAAUUCUUUUAUAAACUAUUGGUUUAUUAUUUAUAGUUUAGAUUUGCAAGUUAAUUGUUUGAUCUAAAAAAAAAAAUAAACAUGAAAAUUAAAAAGUAAGAAAAAGAUGGUGGUAAUCUCUUACAAAUGAAACUUAAAGAAAUGUAAUUCAAUUUUUAAAGUGAUCCAAAUAUUGAAAGAAACCCAAAAAGUAAAAAAAAUGAAAGUAAGGCAUAAUCUUCUAUUCCACCUCCUCCUUUAAGUAUUGAAGAUGGAUUAAAUUAAAAAGAAGUAUAAUAAAUUUUAGAUAAAAAUUAAGAAAAAUUUAAUGGAUUUUAAGAAAUAGAAUAGCUUUUACAUGAAUUAAAACAAAAAGGAUAAAUAUUUUAUUAAAUGAUCUACAAGCUAGAAAUGAUCUAAUUUUCUGAUAUACUUCAUAUGAUUUGCGUUAUUAUUUCUAUCAGUAUUAAUGCCUCAAUCAACUCAAACAAUACUCAAGUUGAAUCAAUUUAAGCAUUUAAUGAGCAUAAAACAGGCAUUGUGGUUAUUUUCUUUGUUGAGCUUAUUGCUGAACUAAUCUACACUGUUUUAGUUGCUAAUUUAAUUGGUAAAAUCUAAGAUUUCUAUUAGUAUAGCUUUUACAAAUUUAUGAGCGAUAUUUUUAAUUUUUCAAGAAAGCAAUUUAUGUACAUUGUUGCAAGUAUACUUUGCUCUUAUUCGAUAUUAUUCAUAGUUAUUAAUAAUUCAUGA